AUGGGCAUCAAGCAUCUGGCCCAAGUCAUCAAGGACAACUGCCCAGACGCUAUCAAGGAGGGCGAGAUCAAGAACCAAUUCGGACGCAAAGUAGCCAUCGAUGCCUCCAUGUCACUCUACUCCUUCAUGGUCGCUGUGCGCAGCGAAGGCCAGCAGCUCAUGUCGGACACAGGAGAAACGACUUCACACUUAAUGGGCAUGUUCUACCGCACACUCCGCAUCGUCGACAACGGGAUCAAGCCGGUCUACGUCUUCGACGGCGCACCACCCAAGCUCAAAUCUGGCGAACUGGCGAAACGUUUCCAGCGUAAGUCUGAAGCCGCUGAAGCCCAAGAAGAGGCGAAGGAGACUGGUACCGCGGAGGAAGUCGAGAAGUUCUCCCGCCGCACGGUUCGUGUAACUCGCGAGCACAAUGCCGAAGCGCAGCGCUUGCUCAAACUCAUGGGUGUGCCGUACAUCAUCGCACCGACAGAAGCAGAAGCACAAUGCGCGAUCCUUGCACGCGCUGGCAAAGUCUACGGCGCUGCAUCGGAAGACAUGGACACCUUGACCUUCAACGCGCCUGUGCUGCUCCGCCACCUCACCUUCUCUGAGCAACGCAAGGAGCCUAUUCAGGAGAUCCACCUCGACCGUGUGCUGGAGGGCUUAGAGAUGGAGCUACCUCAGUUCAUCGACCUGUGCAUUUUGCUCGGCUGCGACUACGUGGACCCAGUGAAAGGCAUCGGCCCAAAGGUCGCCCUGGAACUCAUUCGCAAGCACAAGACCCUCGAGAACGUCGUCGCAGACGUCCAGAAGACCGGCAAAUACACCUUCCCAGAAGACUGGCCCUACCAAGACGCCCGCUUACUCUUCCUCGAACCCGACGUCCGCAGCGCCGACGACCCAGAGUGUGACUUCAAGUGGGAAGCUCCCGACAUCGAAGGUCUGGUGAAGUUUCUGGUGGAGGAGAAGGGCUUCAGCGAGGACAGGGUGCGGAAUGCUGCGGCGAAACUACAGAAGAAUCUCAAGUCUUCGCAGCAGAGUCGGCUGGAGGGCUUCUUCCAGGUCAAGCCGAAGACCGAGGAGGAGAAGGCGAGUUUGAAGCGCAAGAAUGAGGAGAAGGUGGAGGAGAGGAAGAAGAAGCAGAAGGCAGAUGCGAAGGCGAAGAAGGAUGCUAAGGCUAAGCCGAAGAUGAAUUCUUAG